AUGGUAAAGGCCAAAGCCGUAGCCAGUGAAGCAAAAGCACGUUUUUUCAACAUUAGUGCAUCAAGUUUAACAUCGAAAUAUGUUGGAGAAGGUGAAAAGCUGGUUCGUGCACUCUUUGCUGCUGCGCGUGAACUUCAACCAUCAAUCAUAUUUAUUGAUGAAAUCGAUUCAUUAUUGAGUGAAAGAAAGGAGUCUGAACAUGAUGCAAUGAGAAGAUUGAAAACAGAAUUUUUAAUACAAUUUGAUGGGGUUCAAACAAACAGUGACGAUCGUAUACUUGUACUAGCAGCAACAAAUCGCCCAUUUGAAUUAGAUAAUGCCGCACUAAGGCGGUUUCCUAGAAGAAUUUAUAUUCAACUACCAGAUCGAGAAACACGUAAACAUUUAUUAAAUCAUUUAUUAGCCACACAGGAACAUGAUCUAAAAUCAAGAGAUAUAGAUUAUAUUGCCAGUGGAACGGAUGGUUAUUCUGGAAGUGACUUAACAGCUUUAGCCAAAGAUGCGGCAAUGGGUCCCGUACGAGAAUUUCGUGUUGAUGAAUUGAAACAGUUAAGUUUACGACAUAUUCGACCAAUAUCCAUACAAGAUUUUAUACAAUCAAUAAAAAAAAUUCGUCAAAGUGUUUCACCUGAUACAUUAAACACAUAUAUCAAAUGGAAUAGAGAGUACGGAGAUUGUGGAAAUUAA